AAUAUAUGGACAGCAGUUGUGAGCGAAAUAUUUAUGUGUGAGAAAAACGUGUUCACAGUUUGCAUGUGUUUUAGCCAUCAAUUGAUUGCAUAAAUAAAACACAAUUUAAGACUUGAUUGUCAUCUAAUAGUGCGCUAAUCAGUGGCCAGUCAUGCGUAUAGAGCGCUGCUAUUUCUGUUCAUCGCCUGUAUAUCCCGGACACGGCAUUCAGUUUGUCCGCAACGACUGCAAGAUCUUUCGCUUCUGUCAAUCGAAAUGCCAUAAAAACUUCAAACAUAAGUGUAAUCCCCGGCGGAAGCGUUGGACGAAAGCCUUCCGUAAGGCCAACAAUAAGGAGCUGAAAGUGGAUCCGACUUUUGAGUUCGAGAAGCGGAGGAAUAUACCCGUGAAGUACGACCGGAAGCUCUGGAAUGAGACCAUCGAUGCCAUGAAGAGAGUGGAUAUGAUUCGCCAGAAACGAGAAUCACAUUAUCUGAUGAAUCGGUUACGAAAGGGAACCGUAUUUGAGAGGGAAAGGGAUCGCAAAGAAGUGAAGAGAGAUAUGUCGCUCAUUAAGUCGCCGGCGGCCGGACUCGUGAGAGACAAAAGCAAAGGCAAAGUUGUGGUCAUCCGUGAGGGCGACGAAGACGAGGACGAGUCCGAAGACGAAGAGAUGGCCGCCGAGAGUAGCGAAGAGUCCGAAGCGGAGAUGAUUGCCAACUGAAUCUAUUAUGUAUUUUUUGCUGUCAUUUAAUUUCAAUCAAACACUUGUAUAGUUUUUAAUGAAAUAUUAUUUUUAAACUUCAUUUACGAGAUAUUAAAGUGUUUUUCAAUUUA